AUGACCAGCCCGGAGGAUCAGUCCAUCCUCUAUCACAAUGAACCAAACACGGUCUUCAUAAUCGACAUUCCAAGUUCAAUCGCUCAAGCUCAGGGGUUGACUCCCGACCCCAGAGACGGCACUGCCGGCACCUCAGCAGGGGACUUGGAGCCCGGGAGGAAUGUUUCCAGAAAACAUAUCCUCUCAGCCCCACCGCUUGAAUCACCUUACGCGGGAUCCUGUGAGCCCAAGACAGAGGCCGCGCGCGCCAGGCUGCUUGAGCAGGUACCGACGAACGAGAAGCUCUUCCAUGAUGAAAUCCAGCCUCUGCUCCUGAGCGCACUACACGGUAUCCGGGGUAAAUAUCGUGGCGCGCGGUGGUGUCGGCCACGACAUUUCUCCGACGAGGAAAUACCCCGUACCAGGAAACGGAGAGCUGAGCCUGAGUACGCGACAUUGGAGAAACGCACUCAGAAUCUACUUAAAGGAUCUUCAACGGCAAAAGUAUCCCGGAGUCACCAUGCUGCUCCCAAUAUUCGUCCACCAACGAUUCUAUCCUCGACGUCGACCAAUGUGUUCGAGUCAAUAUCUUCACUCGAUGGCAUCGUAAGAAAUCCAUCGUCUCAACCAGCUUUACUGAAGGCUGACUGUCACGAUGGAAUUGAACCCGCUCCAUCUGAGUAUAUCAUCCCUCCAGAAUCCCAAUUCAUACUCUGUACAAUCCCCAUAUCAGAACCACGCCCCAAAUCCACCUUCCCAAUCACAGGUCUCCCCUCAACCCAGAAAUUCAAUCUCGUCCUUUUCGACCCACCAUGGCCAAACCGCUCCGUCCGUCGCAGCGGCCACUACAGCACACACCCGUACGAGCUCCUCACCCAACGACUCCAAGAUAUUCUCCACAUGCACGCAUUCACUUCGGAUCAAACACCCCCACUCAAUAAUUUAUACCGCUAUCCACAAAGCCAAUUAUCCCUCGCAGGAAUCUGGACAACAAAUUCCGAAAAAUCCCGCCAAACAGCCUAUGACUCCCUAACCAGCACGGGCUUCACUGUCGUCGAAGAAUGGAUCUGGAUAAAAAUCACCGCUAACGGGGACCCUGUUUCUCCAGUAAAUGGGCUUUGGAGAAAACCAUAUGAGAUACUGGUUAUCGGUCGACGAGAGCCAGUAUCAGUAACAGUGCCAGAGCCGGAGAUCCCUUUCUCUUCAUGCAAAUCACUUGAACCCGAUCCCUGUGUCCCCAAAAGACGAUUCAUCGCUGCAGUCCCAGAUCUCCACUCGCGGAAGCCUAACUUGAAAGGGUUAUUUGAGCGGUUGUUCUUCGCACGGGAUGGGAGUGUACAACAGUAUACUGCGCUCGAGGUCUUUGCGAGGAACUUGACGGCGGGGUGGUGCGCGGCUGGGAAUGAGGUGAUUAAAUUUAAUGCUAGGGAGUGUUGGGUUGAGGGGUGA